AUGCCAAAAAGUGAUACGUGGCCAGGCGGCACUGAACCAGAGACGAUGAACGGCAUGGAGAGUGCCGGAAGCUGCGACAGCGUUGUCAGCGCAAAUUCAGGCUUUAGUGACGAUAGUCUAGAGCAUCUUUCUGCUGAAGAAAAAGCCUGUCUAAUGUUUUUGGAGGAAACCAUUGAGUCUCUGGAUAAUGAAGAUGAUAGUGGAGUCUCCCAUGAUGAGCCUGAACGACUGUCCGGUACUGGCAACCUUGCAGCCAGACUUUCAGACCGGUCUGUGUCUAUGAGAAAUAGCAAUGUGCACGGUUCAGAGAAACCAGAUAAACAACCCAUCAAGAAAAAUAUUGACACUAAACACAAGCACAGCUACCUUGUUCCUACGCCUUUUGUUGUGGCAAGCGGUUCUCAGAGUUCUCUUCCCAGUACAAAAUCACUUACAGCUUCUUCUCAGUCUCAGUUGAAAUCAAAAUCCAACAAACUGUCUCCUGGUCACAACCAGAAACGUUCCACCUCCCCAGUACCUGUGGUACAGCCUUCCGCACAACGCAAGGAAAACUCAGCUAAGCCAGCAGAAGGCCCUUUACCAAGAGGACCUCUGUCUUACGAUGCACUCGUUCAUUUGCGGAGAAAUGCCUCCCAGAAGAAGACACCUUUAUGUCCAUCAGUUGAUCACACUAUAGACUUGAACAGACAAUGUCCACUACCAAUGGAAGGGCAAAAAUUUGGAAAUGCCACCAAAUCUGGCUCAGAGGUUUACAGGUCUAAGACAGAUCCUCCUGCUGUGCCCCCAAAACCUCCAAAGAAACCUGCCAACAUCGUCCAAAAUGAGGAACCCAUAACAGCCGACAUGUCAGAAAGGGUCAAACAUGCAACUAAUCCAGAUGUUGUGAGACAGGAAGCUUUACAGAGGCUUGGUCUGCUGAAAGAUCACAAGCAUAAGGAUGGAGCACCACCUCAUGCAAAACCCCACUCUAAAAAAACAGCCAAAGAUCCAUCGGAUCCAAAAAGUAGUUCCUCUCAAAAGCAACCGGAUCCCAAGAGCAGGCCUCUGAGGAAGAGUACGGGUGUCUAUUGGCAAUCCAAGGAAGAACAGCAGCCUGUUUUAUUAUUACACGUUAAAUCUCAGCCCAGUGGGUCGAAGACUGAAGGUUUGGAGCGUUCUGUUAACCAGAACCCCGACUCAAACAGCAGGAAGCACCCUGAAGCCCAACACAUUCCUUGUGCGAAGCCAAUGAAAACCACUUCCCAGCCUUCAUCCGGCACACCCGGAGACUCAGUGGCCUACACCGCGAUGGUGGUUCCUGGAAUGGGAUCUGAUCGAGAAGAGGCUCUCAGAAAACUCGGUCUGCUUAAGAGCUGA